AUGGCGCUCAACUUCAUCAACACGUCGGUUGCGUGGCCGGAUCUAUCGCAGCCUUCGUUCCUAUCCACCACCUCCAAGCUGCAAGAGGCCAUUGCAUUCCCGGAAUUUCUCUCGAGUUGGCCGAUUUGGAAAUAUGCCGUGACCUUUAUUCUGGGGCUUGUCGUAUACGAUCAAGUCCUGUACAUUUUGAAGAAGGGCUCGAUCGCUGGGCCUGCAUUCAAGAUUCCGAUUACCGGUCCCUUCAUUCAGGCUCUUCAUCCAAAGUUUGAGAGUUAUAUUGCGCAAUGGGCUAGCGGCCCUUUGAGUUGCGUUUCCGUCUUCCACAAGUUCGUCGUUCUAACAUCCGACCCCGAUCUCGCCCACAAGGUGUUCCGGUCACCCACCUACACCGAGCCAUGCCUGGUCCCCAUCGCGAAAGACGUAAUCGGGCACAAGGCCUGGGUCUUCCUCCAGGGAAAAGCCCACGCCGAGUACCGCCGAGGCCUGAUGCCGCUUUUCACGAACCAAGCCAUCUCGUCCUACCUCCCCGUGCAGGAGAGGGUCCUCGCCGACUACUUUGACAAGUUCGUCGCCGCCAGCGAGGCGAACAAGGGCCGGCCCACGGCCUUCAUGGCCCUCUUUCGGGAGAUCAACUGCGCCCUAUCGCUCAGGACCUUUUUCGGCGACUACAUCUCCCCGGACGCGCUCGUCAACGUGCCGUUGUCCAUGUACAUCCCCUUUACCAAGACGUGGCUGGGCAAGCGCACGGCGGACGCUGUGAAUGCCGAGUUUGCCAGGUGCGCGGGCGCGUGCAAGGCCAACAUGGCGACCGGGGCGGAACCUACCUGCAUCGUGGACCAGUGGGUGUCACACAUGAGGAAGUCGAACGAGUAUCGCGAAAAAGUCGCGGCGGGAGAUGUGGAUGCCGUCAAGCCGUCCAACCUGAUUCGAGAGUUCACCAACGAGGAGAUUGGCCAGACUCUGUUCACGUUCUUGUUCGCCUCGCAGGACGCGUCGAGCAGUGCCACGAACUGGCUAUUCCAGGUCCUCGCCCAGCGACCCGAUGUCCUCGAGCGCCUGCGAGAGGAGAACCUUGCCGCGCGCGGCGGAGAUAAGACGAAGCCGUUUGACCUGCCCAUGCUUGACUCCCUCACAUACACCAAGGCCGUCAUCAAGGAGCUCCUGCGCCACCGACCGCCCGUCAUCUUCGUUCCCUAUCUCGCCACCAAGAGCUUCCCCAUCACCCCCGACUACACCGUUCCCAAGGGCUCCAUGGUUAUCCCGUCCUGCUACCCGGCGCUGCACGACCCCAAGGCCUACCCCAACCCAGACCAUUUCGACCCGGAUAGGUGGAUCACCGGGGACGCGGAGGCGCAAACUAAGAACUGGCUUGUCUUUGGCUCCGAGCGCAUGAUUGCCUUGCGAGGCGAUUGGGAGCAUCAUGCGACGGACGACUCGGAAAGGAUCAGGGUCUUUGCUACUCUGUUCCCUAUGGAUGGAUGCCAGCUCGUCUUUAAGCGAAGGUCAUAG